UUUAUUUUUUAAUCGAUUGAACUGUCCAAACUAACACAUCUUUUGCUUGUGCUUGUGUUAUAAGAAGCAGCAUUUAGCUCCAUUUUCCCUAAUCAAAUUCGCUUCACAUAGAUACAGAUGGGAUCCUUUGCAUUUGGCAGAGACGAUAAACCUCAUGCUGUUUGCGUUCCAUAUCCAGCUCAAGGUCAUGUAAAUCCAAUGCUCAAGCUAGCAAAAAUGCUCCACUCCAAUGGCUUUCAAAUCACUUUUGUCAACACAGAGUAUAACCACAGACGCUUGCUUAAGUCUAGAGGCCCCAAUUCCCUUGACGGAUUGCCAGAUUUCCACUUUGAGGCUAUCCCUGAUGGCCUUCCACCAUCUGAUGCCAAUGCCACGCAAGACAUCCCUUCUCUCUGUGACUCCACCUCCAAGCACUCCUUAGUCCCAUUUCGUCAUCUUCUUUCCAGACUCGAGUCUUCCAAUAAUUUUCCUCCGGUUACCUGUAUUAUUUCUGAUGCUUGCAUGAGCUUUACUCUUGAUGCAGCUCAAGAAUUUGGGAUUCCUGACGUACUCUUCUGGACGCCCAGCUCUUGUGGCGUUUUGGCCUAUGCACAUUAUCGUCAUCUGAUUGAAAGAGGCUUAACCCCUCUUAAAGACGAGAGCUAUCUAACAAAUGGGUACUUGGAGAAAACCAUAGAUUGGAUUCCAGGAAUGAAAAAUAUUCGCUUAAGGGAUCUUCCAAGCUUCAUCAGAACUACCGACAGAAAUGACAUCAUGCUCAAUUUCCUUGCAAGGGAAAUCGAGAGAACUUCAAGAGCUUCUGCUGUCAUUUUGAACACAUUCGAGGCCUUCGAGAGAGAUGUGUUGAAUGUCCUCUCCACCAUGUUUCCUCCUAUUUACACUAUUGGUCCUCUUCAGUUGCUUGUUGAUCAGAUCCCAAACAGCAACUUGAAAAGCAUUGGUUCAAAUCUUUGGAAAGAACAGCCAGAGUGUAUUGACUGGCUUGAUUCAAAAGAACCAAACUCAGUUGUGUACGUAAAUUUUGGUAGCAUCACUGUAAUAAACCCACAACAAAUGGUAGAAUUUGCUUGGGGGCUAGCCAACAGCAAGAAACCCUUUUUGUGGAUAAUAAGGCCGGAUCUUGUGGUUGGCGACGCUGCCAUGCUGCCACCCGAAUUUGUCUCUGAAACGAAGGAUAGAGGCAUGUUAGCGAGCUGGUGUCCACAAGAGCAAAUCUUGAAGCAUCCUGCAAUAGGAGGAUUUUUAAGCCAUAUGGGGUGGAACUCGACAUUGGACAGUAUUUGUGGAGGUGUGCCAAUUAUUUGUUGGCCAUUUUUUGCAGAGCAACAGACCAACUGUUGGUUUGCUUGCAAUGAAUGGGGUGUUGGGAUGGAGAUUGAUAACGAUGUAAAGAGAGACGAAGUGGAGAAGCUUGUGAGAGAGUUAAUGGAUGGAAAGAAGGGUAAAGAAAUGAAAAGUCAGGCAAUGGAUUGGAGGACCAAAGCAGAGGAGGCCACAAUACCAGGUGCCUCUUCUCACAGAAAUUUGGACCAACUGGUCGAAUUUCUUCAAAGAAAGUAAGUUGGAAUUUGUAAUGGUAGAGCAGAGUAUCACUCUCGCUUGAUGACCUAGUUUGUUUCGAGUGAAUGUUUGUUCUGUAUUUUUACUGUUAAAAAUCUGUCAUUCAAAAUAAGCA